GCGAGGGUCGAGUUUGGGGUUUUCCCGCCCACGCGAACCGUUGGGAAUUCCCAGGGACCCGCGUCACGAGCCAGCGGGCCAAUGACGCCGCGCCGCGGGCGUCACGUGGGCUCCUCGCGUGACGUUCAAACUGGGGCGAGAGAAGAGCGGCGCUCCUCCAUGGUUGUCGUUAUCGUUCAUUAUCGCCGCUAUCGCCGUCGUUCUCCGUUACCGCGAAGUGGUUUUACGUGGCUCGCGAGCGGAGCCGGCGACCGCGCGCAUUCGAUGUCGAGAAACUGCGUUAAUUCGGGGAGCGAACGGUGGACGCGCCGGCGGCUGUAAGACCGCAUGGCUGCACUGCUGCCAGGAGUCGGGCCUUCAACCCAGGCCUCGUCACUGCACACACUCGUUAAGGACGGCGCCCCGAUCUCCUCCUACCUCCCAGCCAGCGUGGGAGGGGAGGCGCCCACGUGCGGCUACCGGGAACACUUUGUGCACCCGCCCGAGGACAAGUACCGCUGUGAGCUGUGCCGCCUGCCCCUGCGCGACCCCCGGCAGACCGAGUGCGGCCACCGCUUCUGCGAGCCCUGCAUCCGGCCCGUGCUCAGUAAAGCAACACCGGCAUGCCCAGUCGACAAUGAACUCCUUCAGCCGGACAAGGUGUUCCGGGACAACUGCUGUCGCCGAGAAAUCCUCGCCCUCCGCGUUCACUGCCGGAAUGACACCGCCGGCUGCAAGCAGAUCGUUGAGCUCGGCAAGCUACAGGAGCACAUGGCGGUGUGUGUGCACGAGGCCGUGAACUGCCCGCACGCCGGCUGCACGGAGCGGCUGCUGCGGGGCGAGCUGGUGAACCACGUGGCCUUGGGAUGUCACUUCCGUACCGAAUCCUGCCGCUACUGUAAUCAGCAGGUGCCCCUCGCCGAGAAGAGGAAACACUACGAGACGCGCUGCCCCCGGUACCCCAUCCCGUGCCCCAACAAGUGCGAGGAGCAGAGCAUCGCGCGUGAGGAGCUUGUGUCUCACUUGGGCAUCUGUCCGUACAAGCAAGCGGAAUGUUUCUUCAGUCAAUUCGGUUGCAAAUACAAGGGCACACUCCAGGGCCUCAAGGAGCACGAGUCAGGUGCCACCCAGCAGCACCUGUCCCUCGUGACGGCACGCAGCGCCAACCUGGAGCUCAAGGUGUCCAUGUUGCAGUCUCAGCUGGCGGAGAGGGCCAACAGUGCGGAUCUGCUGGGGACUCGCGUGCGGGAGCUGGAGAAGGAGCUCAUCUCCGUGGGGCAGACGGCCAGCAAGAACGAGUCACGCCUCGGGCACACGCAGCGCAUGCUCGCCGUGCAGACAGAGCGGCUGCUGCGCCUGCAGGAGUCGAUGCAGGGCACGACGCGGCGCGCCGACCACGACGCCCUGCGCGGCGACCUCGACGGCACCGCCGCCACGCUGCACGAGCUGGGCACGCGCGUUGCCGCCAUCGAGGAGUCGGGGGGCAGCGUCACGCACUCGUCCACACCCACACGUCUCGCCGCCCUGGACUCGGCGCUGAGCCGUCACGAUACCCAGCUGUUCGCGCACGACACUCGCCUCGCCGAGAUGGACCUGCGCUUCCAGGUGCUCGAGACGGCGAGCUACAACGGCAAGCUGGUGUGGAAGAUCCGCGACUACGCGCGGCGCAAGCAGGACGCGGUGAGCGGCCGCACGCUCUCGCUCUACAGCCAGCCCUUCUACACGUCGCCCUUCGGCUACCGCAUGUGCGCGCGCGCCUACCUCAACGGCGACGGCGUCGGCCGCGGCACGCACCUGUCGCUCUUCUUCGUGGUGAUGCGCGGCGAGUACGACGCGCUGCUGCCGUGGCCGUUCCGCCAGCGCGUCACGCUCACGCUGCUCGACCAGGGCGCGGCCAGGCGCCAGCUGUCCGACACGUUCAAGCCGGACCCGGCGAGCAGCAGCUUCCGACGGCCGACGUCCGACAUGAACAUCGCGUCGGGCUGCCCGCUGUUCGUGUCGCACGUAGCCCUGGAGAGCGCCUCCUACCUGCAGGACGACACCAUCUUCAUCAAGGUGGUGGUGGACACGGGCGAACUCGGGGACCCGUAGGCGGGGUGGUCUGUGGGGGGGCCGGGGGGGAUUUGGAGGCCCCCCCCCCCCCCCCCGCCUUCUCCCCACCACCGAAGAGCUUCACGUGGGAUCGCACGGAGACGUCCGGAGUCUUGAGGCAGACGGCCUGGCCCCCCCUUUUAAGUGACGGGGACGUCCCCCCAGCCUGUGGAGCGUGAACGAUAUUCACGAAGUCGUAGGCUGGUGCUUUAGGCAGUGGGCCUCCUCCAGAGGAGAGAGAUUUGAUUUGUAGUUGAGAGGUUGAUUUUACUACAACUGCUGUGGUGGGGCCUUGAGGAAACUGUCAAAAUUCUGAGAAAGUUGAAUCGACGAUGAGCAGAUUUACGUUCAGGAAAACCAAGGUGUGCUUAAUCCUGAUGAAGAGAAAACAUCGGCCGAUUAUAAAUGUUUUUCCCUGGGGGAGUGUUAACGAUGUGUGUGGUGAUAAAAAAAAAAUGUUGCAUUUGUGACCGUGCACUACGACCCAAAUAGCCUCUUGACAUUGAGUUCAUCUGACAACUCACCCCUAGGAAACAGGCGAAUUCUUAACUUGAUCUGGUGCUUUCGUGACUGCAGGAAUUACUCUUUGUUUUUUUCGGUGUUUUUAUUCGCUCAUGUGAUCAAGGGCGAGUGAGUGACCUUGCGACCCAGGUAGCCCCUGUGAGGGGGUCACAGUGCACGAAUUGCAAUUAAAAGGUUAUUAGUUCAAACACACGGCCAGGGUCCACCCGGUAAUUCUUUCCUGCAAGGUAGAUAAAAAUAGGUACCGCUUUGUAGGAAAGGGGAUGUUUAUUUACCCGAUGCGUUAACUUGCUAACCUCGGCAACAAUAUUGAAGCUACACCACUGGCUGAGGGAUAUAAAAUGAGAUGAGCCAUACCUCGUGCUCGCUUCAACUUGACACAACUUUGACCGUUUCCAAGUCCCCUCAAAGUGCAAUACAUCGAUCUUCCAAGACUUAAAAUUCCCUCCCGGAAGAACCUUUUUUGUCUCACUCCUAAAACCGCUUGCUCACAGCUCAAGUCGCUUCAUCAUCACUCGAAAAAACGCUUUUCCUCCUGGAGUGUUUAUCUCUAUCUGUGGAGGAGACACGUGGAAGACAAUGGAGAGACAGGUCCAGUGAGCGUGUGGGUUUUCUACAGAAUGAUCCAGAUUUCUCCAUAAUUUUUCUCCAGAUUUCUAUGAAAUUUGUCAAAUUAUUUGCUUUAAUUCCAUUAUUAACACUCAAAACGAGAUGAUUUCAACACCUGUAAAACGUGUAUUUUAUUGCUAUGCAAUUUUGUAAACAUUCACCCUUUGUUGCAGCUCCACUCGUUAUAUAUGUAAGUUCGUUCAUCACUUCUUGUCAACAGCCACGUUGGACAUGGCUGUUGAGUGGCUUCGCACUGUAGACAUGGCCCAAUUUGACACGUUGGCUUUCGCGACCAAUACCAUCCAUAAUACAGGUUUUUUUCGGUUAGAUGUGAUCACAUUUACCCCUCUAUUUAAGGAACGAAACAGGAGGACCUCUCCACAAAUCUGGCUGCCGCCUGAUGAAACUAGUUGUAAUUAAUGUGCAAAAUGUCAUAUUGUAAAUGUUGUGGCUUUGCUCAACACACCAGUGUGCUGUACUAGUAACGAAUUGGCAUGACAAACCUUACUAAUUGUCUGUAUUAGGUGGUGGCGGGUUUAACGACACAUUUAUAUAUUUACGCGAUCUAAUCCCAAAAAAAAACCUCUUACGGAUGGUCCAAUUUCACUCUCGUAAACUGACACCUGUGCCCCUCUGGCCAAAUGCAGUUGCACUGCCUCCACGCCCAAUAGCUACGCCACACUCACCCCGCCGUCGCAUCCCCCCCCCCCCCCCCCUCUUCUUGACCAACCUAACCCAGCUGCAAACUCGGCUGCUCUAACCCUGCUCAGCUGGCGCCAGCGAGCGUCGCAAUCAGGUCACAGGUUUAAAUCCCAGCUGGGCGUCAGUGCGUCGUCCGUUCGUGAUAAAAACUGAAACACCACCCACCCACGCCCCCCCCCCCUCCCACAACUUCAUGGGGAAGAGUCAAUAGCAACGUUUGUACGAAAAGACUUUCCCCGUCAUAAGAAUGUUGAAGUUUUACGGAAAACACCGGCUCGCGGCUGCCAAGGGUGAUUCAUGUCGCCAGAGACCCGUUUUGAGCCAACACCUGAACAUUUUAUUCCAUUCAGGGAAUGGACGUUGUGGUGUUAAUAGUUUGUGUUUGGGUGUUUUUAUUCCAGCCUUCAAAUGGCUCGUUUUUUUCCGACAAAAGCUAUGGGUCUUUUGACAUGACAUUUGUUUUGUAAGGUGGUGGUGAUGAUGAUGACGUCUUCACGGCAUGUUGCGGUUAUUCGUACAAUGCUGCGUGACAUUGUGUUUGAACCGGCUACUGCUCGACUAGGAGGUGAACAAUUGUUAUCUCUUGGUGACCCAGCUGCUCUUGAUGUUUUUUUUUUAAACGCAGAUAUAAAUAAAUCUAAGUAAUUUUUAUACUUUGUUCCGUACGUUAUUGCGACCUUUAAUGACCUUGAAAAUAUUUUUUUAAUAAGUUGUAUUUAUUUAAUUGUAACUGUGUACAUUUGUCUACAUUUGUGCUUGUUUCACCGACGAUAUCACGAAUAUCUUACAGACACAGAAAAGCAUUUCCAGAUCUCCCUCCACAGGAGCGAGAAGCUUAUGUCAAUGCAGCGAACGGCCGGAAGCGAAACUGCGGGCGUUCAUCGGGCAUCCAUCGACGGUGUAUCUUACCCCAAACCAUAAGCACUAUGUUGCACUUUGCUUAGCUGCGAGAGUGGGAUGGUUGUUCGCUCGGCACCAUUCUGCCGAAGAAAGUGUCGGUAAAUGGGCUUCGGUGAAUUGACUAUUGUAUCAGGGUCGACUCAGCCCAUCAUUCCCUUCAGGGUUGAUUUAAAAAAAAAACAGUCCCAAUUUAUUGACAGUCUCCAAGAGUAGUUUUCCUGUGGAUGACUUUACUUCUCGCGGGAAUGUUGGAUCGCCACCACCGGCUCAGAAUACACUGUAACCUUCGACUUGACGUUGGUCACUCGAGUGAGACCGAACAAUUGAAACUGGGCGCUCUUUCUGAAACCCUGAUGUCAAGGCUCUUUGUAUUUUCGAACAGUCAACGUUCAGCGUCGGCUUGUCGGCCACAGCAUCACGAAGUCUCUACACGUAACCACCAUUCUCUACCUCUCGUCUCCGGGUCUCAUCUCAUCUCUCUCUCUCUCUCUCGUUUAUCUAAUUUCUCUAUCGCCAAUCUCUUGUCUUACCUACAGCUGUGUCAUCUGUAUCUAUUGUUAAUAUCUCAUCUCACCCAUCUGUAUAUCUGUGUCUCGGCGAACCGUAUAGCACAGCGGGCCACUGCAAGGUCCUGAUUGUGAGCCAGAUUGUGAGCCCGGUGAAAGUACCCUGCCUCAUAUCACUGGCUUUAGCUCCUAGCUAAUCUCAUUGUACAAGAGGCUUACUGGCCAGGCCUUCUGGAUUGGGUGACUGGUGAGUGUGCAGGAGAAUGUGGUAUUUCGCACGGCACGCUCGACAUUGCCAACGUGUCUCUCACUGGUUGUCAGCGAACUCUUGUCCGUCGGCUUCAGUGCGUUUGUGUCAUUUAAGCCCAGAGGAAGCGGAGGAUUGGUCCUGUAAAUGUAUGACUUUAUUUAUCAAUUCGGUUGUAAGGUUUGUUUUUGGUUCAUUAAUUUGUUUUUAAUUGGUCGAUGAAACAAAACCAUCACGGCCGCAACGUGGAGCAGGAGUGUCAAAUAUUGAACACGCGGCAGCUAUUUAUGGGAUGGUGACGUGUGCAGAAUUGUCUCCGAUAUGAAAGUAGGGUAACUUAAAAUACAGCAGCUACAAGUGACUAUUAAAACGAUGUUUUACAUCCGUUUGCAAUGUGUGCAUGUGUUGCAUAACGUUUACAGUUAUACAUUUAACUUGCGACUCGUCGUCGUAAGAAUUUAGAAGAAAUGCAUUAAUCACUGACUGUUGACAAUAAAAUCUACGUGUAGUUUGUUUGUCCGGGAAUGCC